AUGCCUGAUAGCAUGCCGUUAGCAAUAAUCGGGGUGGCCAACCGCUUUCCCCAAGAAGCCUCUGAUACGGAAGGCUUCUGGAAACUCUUACUGAGAGGUCGUCAAUCUGCUACUCCUUUCCCUAAAGAUCGCAUCAAUGCUGAUGGAUAUUACCAUCCUGAUGUGAACCACCCUGGCACGUUUCGCACGAAGGAAGCUCAUUUUUUGUCCGAAGACCCUGCUUAUUUUGAUGCCCCAUUUUUCAACAUCACCAGGGCUGAGCUACUGAGCAUGGAUCCUCGGCAGCGGUUGUUGCUAGAAAACGUUUACCAUGCACUUGAGAACGCUGGUAUCCGCCUCGACCAAGCAGCUUCCUCAAAGACAGCAGUGUUCGUGGCAGGAUCAUCGCACGACCAUCUGAUCUCAUCCAACAUUGAUCCUGGAACCACGUGCAAUCACCAGGUGACCGGCACCCAUGACAGCUGUGUUGCCAAUCGAGUGAGCUGGUCUUUCAAUCUCAAGGGACCUAGCAUAUACGUCGAUACUGCUUGCUCUGGAGGUCUCGUGACUGUUCAUCUGGCAGCUCAAAGUUUGAAGCUAGGCGAGUGUGAAAUGGCAAUAGCUAGUGGUGUUAAUUAUCUCGGCUGCCCUCAGGAGUUUACCACUCUGAACCACGGUGGUUUCCUGGGUUCGAAAGGAAGAUGUUUUUCAUUCGAUCAUAGAGCCGAGGGAUAUGCUAGAGCCGAAGGUGUCGGUACUAUCAUCAUAAAGCCCUUACCAGCUGCCAUUCGAGACUGUGACACCAUACGUGCGAUAAUACGUGGAACAGCAGCUAAUCAAGACGGACACACUCCUGGAAUCUCUCUUCCUAGUGAAGUAGCCCAAGAAAGGUUAAUCCAGGAGGCAUAUCAUAUUGCAGGACUGGACCCGAACGACACGAGUUUUGUCGAGGCUCAUGGUACAGGGACAGUCGCCGGAGAUGUAACAGAAUCAAGAGCAAUUGCAGGAGCUUUCAAUUCAGUCAAAAGGAGUCUACCAUUGUAUGUUGGUUCCCUCAAAUCUGGAAUUGGCCAUCUUGAGUCGGUUGCCGGCAUCGCAGGAAUAAUCAAGUCUAUCCUAGUCCUUGAGUCAGGGAUUAUUCCACAAAAUGUCAAUUUGGAGAUUAUCAACCCCGAAACCCAGGCAAAACGAUUGAACCUGGCAUUCCCAGCAAAAUAUAUGCCUUAG